GGCAUUUUUUAUAAGGGCCUAUUUUAUUAAUUUUUGUAUAUCAGCUAAAUUGGUUAAUUCUUUUUUUACUUCAUCUUCAGAUGUGUUUCAGUAGCAGUGAAAUCAUACAAUUUUUUCACUUAGUCUGGGAAUACUUCAAACCUCUUGUGACAAUCCUGAUAGGCAUGGUCCAUUUUUGCUGCAAUGACAAUAAAUCAUUAUAUAGCUUUAUAAGAUAUUUGAGCAUCGUUAUAGAAAUAAGUAAAACAUUUUGGUUAUUAUUUCGAAUAUUUAUACGGCCACUUCAGUGUUAAAAACACUGUUAUCAGUGUGGGUCCUAUGUUCGGAAUGUCAACAUUAUGUACACACUGGCAUUGCCUGCCCAAUUUCCCUCACACGGCAUGGGUUGACCCGUAGCCCGUGGUAAAGGCACUUGCUAAACAUGCCCGCGCUGUGGACCGAGCCACGCACCUUGUGAUUACAAAGCGAACUCCAUAAGCACAAGGCCAAGCGCCACGUGGGUUAAAAAGUUUAAUUAAGUAGCCUGUAGGUUUGAUAUUUAAGACUGUCGUCGUAUUUCUUGUCUUGUGUAGUGUAAAUUUCUCGAAAAGUUUGUUAAGCAUGUCUGACAAGCGGAAUGAAAUUUUUUUAAUUCUCAUACUGUUCCAGAAUCGUUAACUCACUUCUGCUUUUAAUUUCAGUCAAGAGAGAAAAUUAUGUCUAAAGCAAAGGGGACAUUAGCUUCAUAUAUUAUUAAGGAACAUUUUGGUGAAAUUGUUGAGAAGACCGUCACCUACCUUAUUAAAAAUGGUAGCCGAAGCUUGCGAGAUAUUUUCAAUUCUGUGCAUUUAAAUCGGGAAGAGAUUAAAAAAUCUCUCUCAAUACUCGUGCAUCAUGAACUUGUGGCGUAUACGAAAAACAAAAAUGGCGUAACUGAAUACCAAGCUCGUCUCGAUCACAUCUUGAGGCGGAAGCGCUACCAGAAGUAUGUGUAUUGUGCUAAGUCGAAGUUCGGCGAUGUUGCUGAGCUUGUCAUCGAAAACUUGCUAUUGAAUGGCUGCGACACAUUGAGCAGAGUAUCGAAGAAUGUUGCUGAAAGGCUUGAAAGCGACGAAACCGAUGACAGCAGGCCUGAUGAAGGUUUAGUGGUACAGAAAUGUAAAGAGUUGAUUGUUGGACAUUUUUUGCUCAGAGUGCGAAAUCCAACCACGGUAGAGGAAGAAGACGUUGUAGAACAGGAAGACAGUGAAAAAUUCGUGUUUCCUAUAGGUGUCGGCGUGAAAAGAAAAACAACUUCGCCUGAACAGUCAUCGUUAAAACGAAUAAAACUGACAAGUUCCGAAUGCAGUGAAAAUUACGAAGACGACGGUGUUUACUGGCAUGUCAAUUUCGAGCGAUUCGACCAAGUGUUUGUGGACCAAAUGAUCAUAAGUGCUGCCUCUGAAAGAUUAGACCAGAGCGCUUCGAAAAUAGUGGCUACUAUUUUAAAGAUGACAGAGAUGGAACGGACUUUGAUAUCACAAGCGACACGUAGCGUCUCUAUAUUCGAUAUUGUGAAAAAACUUCCCAGCGUUCCGAAAUUAGAUCAACAAGAAGUUCACCAGUACCUCUCUCUACUGUCUGACGAAAAGACCGGUGGUUUUGUGACGAAGAAGGACGAAGCUGCAGGUGGCAUGUAUGCUGUCAAUAUCCACCGAAGCAUAAACAUGUUGUGUCAAUCUGUGUGCGCUACUGUUGUACAAGAAAGGUUUGGUUCAAAAGCAUGUCGCGUGUUUCGGCUUUUGUUAGAGAAGAAACAUUUGGAGCAAAAGCAAAUUGGAGAAAUCGCUAUGAUACCGUUCAAAGAAGUGAAAGAGCUGUUGUACAAACUGUUCGAAGAACGUUUCUUGCAAUUACAGGAGAUUUCAAAAACAGCCGACUACGCUCCAUCUCGAACAUUCUACUUAUUCACGGUUGACUUACCUCAGGUGACACGGUUCCUUCUGAACAGGUGUUAUCAGGCGAUUGGGAAUUUAAUGGCGAGACGUCGAUUUGAAAUGGAUGAAAACAAACGUCUGUUAGAGAAAAACGAAAAAAUCGAAGGGAUUCUGUCAGCGUUGAGCUCCAGUAACGAAGAUACAGAACAAGUCAUGCAGGAAUUGGAAGAGUUAAUAACACCAACUGAAAAACAACAGUUGGAGAAGUUGAAGAUUGUCUUAGCACGGUUGGAACAAGGCGAAAUACAAGUCGAAAAAACGAUAUUUGUGUUGAAAAAUUUUAUCCAUUUGAACUAAUGAGUGAGACUUUCUCCCUUCUUUCGAGCUGUCUCGGAGAAUAGAUUCUUUACUCAGGCAAUAAAAACGUCUCGUGCGUGCAUUAUCACUGCAUUGAAUCAUAUCGUACCAUUCACAAAUCGUGGCAAAAUUUGUGCUGUCUCCGAUUCCACUGUAUGUGAAAAUUUCCGAAAAAAUUUCCGGCAGGCGUCGUGCCACGCAUGUCGUAUGACGAUGACGACAAAAAUUGUAAAUAAAUAACUAAAAGGAUUUACAAGUAUUAGAUACAAUAUUAUUUGAUCUCUGUGUAAAACUUUUGUCAGUGAAAAUAAAACUGAACCUUGCUUCCAGGGUCUCAUA